AUGGCCGAUUUGAGUCCCGAGUUGCGGGACAAGCUCGAGGAGCUUGAUCGAGAGCUCGAGGUGCGCAUAUUCCUCUCGACCCAAUCCCGUACUCCGUUCACCUUGGGCUCGAGCUCGGGCGAUCUGCAACGGAUGCGCCUAUACCAGAAGCGUCGCACACAGCUCCUCUCACAGUUUGGAUCUCCCGCCGGCUACCAAGGCCCAUUGGGAAUACACUCCCCAGACAGCGCCACUUACUCAUCGAGUGAUGGCCACCGCGCCGGAGCCCUGGCUGCUCUACAAGCGAGCAACUCGGAUCACGGGAGCGGAAGCAACUACUCGCCCACGGGUGUGCAAUCGCCCACAGAUCGCCGACCACAAUCUCCAUACGGCUCAGGCGACUAUGGCAGCUCGCAGCCGCCGAAUCCGGCAGCCCUUCUCGCACCCGGCGGCCCGUUGGCUGACCACCGACCUUCGUUACGGGCACAUGAGUCUCUCUUCCUCGGCCCCGGAGCCGGCCAGGGCAACAUGACAGACCCGUCACGCUCAGGGACCAUGGUAUCAACCGACUACGCCUUCAACCCAGAACAUCACGGCGAUUACAUGGAGCAGCAGCCCCAAGCCCAGUACGACAGCAGGACGGGUACGAUGCUCGACUCGACCGGGUACUUCUCCGACUUUGCCGGGCAACAGGCCUACGACCAGAUGCCCCGUGGCGAGUACGGCGCUCCCCAACAGCGAUACUCGGCAACCGACGCCUUUUCUCCCACGGCCGCGAUGGCGCCGCCCAUGCUCACCGCAAGCGACCUACCCCCACCGGAUGCGCUCGAAUACCAGAUGCCGCUAGAACCUCGCGAGGUUCCCUUCGCAAUCUCCGACCCCCACGACAACAACGUUCAGAUGUCAAAGUUCGACAACAUAGCAGCUGUCUUGAGGCAUCGUGGAAGAACAACAUCAAAGAUGCCUGCGUACUGGGUCUUGGACAGCAGGGGCAAAGAGACAGCUUCCAUCACAUGGGAGAAGCUGGCGGCGAGAGCAGAAAAGGUCGCUCAGGUCAUAAGAGACAAGAGCUCGUUGUACCGCGGAGAUCGCGUAGCUCUAGUCUACCGCGAUUCGGAAGUCAUCGAGUUCGCCAUCGCUUUGCUAGGUUGCUUCAUCGCCGGAGUGGUCGCCGUGCCUAUCAACGAGCUGCAGGACUACCAGAAACUGAACGUGAUCCUCACGUCCACUCAGGCGCACCUGGCCCUGACGACAGACAACAAUCUCAAGACCUUCCAACGUGACAUUACCAUGCAAAAGCUCACCUGGCCUAAGGGUGUCGAGUGGUGGAAGACGAACGAAUUUGGCAGCUACCAUCCUAAGAAAAAGGACGAUGUCCCCCCGCUCUCGGUUCCCGACCUGGCUUACAUCGAGUUUUCCCGAGCGCCAACGGGCGAUCUUCGAGGCGUCGUCCUAAGCCACAGGACCAUUAUGCACCAGAUGGCAUGCCUCAGUGCUAUCAUAUCCACAGUGCCGGGAAAUAGGCCCGACACGUUUAAUUCUUCGUUGCGGGAUAAGAACGGGCGGCUCAUUGGAGGCGGCGCAAGCAGCGAGAUUCUGCUGUCGUAUCUGGACCCCCGUCAGGGCAUUGGCAUGAUUCUUGGCGUUCUCCUGACGGUCUAUGGCGGCCACACCAUGGUCUUUGUCGAGAACAAGGCCGUUGAAGUCCCGGGUCUGUAUGCGCAUCUGAUCACAAAGUACAAGGCGACAUUGAUGGUGGCCGACUACCCCGGACUCAAGCGUGCUGCGUACAACUACCAACAAGACCCGAUGACGACCCGAAAUUUCAAGAAAGGCAUGGAACCAAACUUCCAGACGGUUAAGCUUUGUCUCAUCGAUACCUUGACUGUCGAUGGCGAGUUUCACGAACUGCUUGCUGACCGAUGGCUGAGGCCUCUGCGGAAUCCCCGCGCGAGAGAGGUUGUUGCGCCAAUGUUGUGUCUUCCCGAGCAUGGUGGCAUGGUAAUUAGUGUCAGAGAUUGGCUGGGCGGCGAGGAGCGGAUGGGCUGUCUGCUCAAGCUUGACCCGGGCGAAGACACGGAAUCAGAGGGCGAACGUGAAAAGGAGAAGGAGAAAUCAUCCAACGGUUUCGGCAGCCUCCUGGGAGGCGGUACAACCAACAAGACAGAGCAGCGCGCUAAGAACGAGCUGAGUGAGGUUCUUCUUGACAGGGAAGCGUUGAAGACCAAUGAAGUCGUUGUUGUGGCCAUCGGCGACGAGGCCAGAAAGAGGGCCACGACUGAGCCCGGCACUGUCCGACUUGGCGCCUUCGGGUAUCCCAUCCCCGAUGCGACUCUAGCGGUGGUGGAUCCGGAGACUGGGUUGCUGUCUUCUCCUCAUUCUAUCGGCGAGAUCUGGGUAGAUACACCUUCAUUAUCAGGCGGUUUCUGGGCCCUACCGAAGCACACCGAGCAGAUCUUCCACGCUAGGCCGUACAAAUUCGAGCCCGGCGAUCCAACGCCCACAGUCGUGGAACCCGAAUUUCUGCGGACCGGUCUCCUGGGUACAGUGAUUGAGGGAAAGAUCUUUGUUCUUGGUCUUUACGAGGACCGGAUCAGACAAAAGGUCGAGUGGGUGGAGCAUGGUCAUGAGAUCGCCGAGUACCGCUAUUUCUUUGUCCAGCACAUUGUUGUGAGCAUCAUGCGGAAUGUUCCGAAACUGCUCGACUGCUCCGCCUUUGAUGUCUUUGUCAACGAAGAACAUCUGCCUAUCGUGGUUCUCGAAUCACAGGCCGCUUCGACGGCGCCAGUCACGGCCGGCGGGCCUCCUCGACAGCUGGACACUGCUCUCCUAGAUUCCUUGGCAGAGCGCUGUAUGGAGGUCCUCAUGCAAGAACACCAUCUGCGGGUCUAUUGCAUCAUGAUUACCGCGCCAAACUCCUUACCCAGGGUCCUGAAGAACGGUCGCAGGGAGAUUGGAAACAUGCUGUGUCGAAGAGAGUUUGAUCUUGGGAACCUAGCGUGCGUUCACGUCAAGUUUGGCGUUGAGCAUGCCGUCUUGAACUUGCCCAUUGGCGUGGAUCCUAUUGGUGGCAUCUGGUCGCCCAUUGCCUCCAAUUCGAGGGCUGAGAUCCUUCCUCCGGCUGACAAGCAGUACUCCGGUAUCGACCGGAGAGAAGUCGUCAUUGACGACCGCACCUCGACGCCCCUCAACAACUUUUCCAGCAUAACCGAUCUGAUUCAGUGGAGAGUUGCUCGUCAACCUGAGGAGCUUGCCUACUGCACGAUUGAUGUCCGUGGGAAGGAAGGCAAGGGUGUAACUUGGAAGAAGUUCGAUACCAAAGUAUCUGCCGUGGCUAUCUAUCUCAAGAACAAGGUGCGCAUUAGGGCUGGCGACCAUGUCAUUCUGAUGUACACGCAUUCUGAGGACUUUGUCUUCGCCAUACACGCCUGCAUCAACCUAGGAGCAAUUGUCAUUCCUAUUGCGCCUAUGGAUCAGAACCGACUAUCGGAGGAUGUUCCCGCCUUCCUGCACCUUGUUGCCGACUACCGCGUUAAGGCCGUGCUAGUCAAUCAGGAAGUCGACCAUCUCCUUAAGAUGAAGCAAGUCUCCCAGCAUAUUAAACAGUCGGCGACUUUCCUCAAGGUGGCUGUGCCAAGCACCUACAACACCACGAGGCCUCCCAAGCAGAACUCUGGUCUCCGUGAUCUUGGUAUCAUGAUGGACCCUGCUUGGGUGCAGCCUGGAUACCCUGUCCUCAUCUGGACAUACUGGACUCCUGACCAGCGAAGGCUGGCUGUCCAACUGGGCCACGACACGAUCCUGGGCAUGUGCAAGGUCCAGAAGGAAACAUGCCAAAUGACGAGUUCCCGACCUGUGCUUGGAUGUGUUCGUUCCACUACCGGUCUAGGCUUCAUUCACACCUGUCUGAUGGGAAUCUACAUCGGAACGCCGACCUACCUCCUUUCACCCGUAGACUACGCGCAGAACCCGGUUUCUCUCUUCCACAUCCUGUCGCGGUACAAGAUCAAGGACACGUACGCCACCUCGCAGAUGCUCGACUUUGCCAUGGCGUCAAUGCAGGGCAAGGGCUUCAAGCUCCACGAGCUCAAGAACAUGAUGAUCUCGGCAGAGGGCCGCCCGAGAGUGGACGUCUUCCAGAAGGUUCGUCUCCACUUUGCAGCCACGGGCCUCGAUCGCACCGCCAUCAACACAGUGUACUCUCAUGUACUCAACCCCAUGGUCGCAUCACGCUCCUACAUGUGCAUUGAGCCUAUCGAGCUCUGGCUUGAUACCAAGGCCCUCCGGCGAGGUCUGGUCAUCCCAGUCGACCCGGACACCGACUCUUCGGCGCUUCUGGUACAGGAUUCUGGUAUGGUGCCUGUGUCGACACAGAUCGCCAUCGUGAACCCGGAGAGUCGUCUCCUCUGCAGCGACGGAGAGUAUGGCGAGAUCUGGGUGGACUCGGAGGCCUGUGUCAAGUCAUUCUACGGCUCGAAGGAUGCCUUUGACGCGGAGCGAUUCGACGGGCGCACGCUGGAUGGCGAUCCCGGGAUCCAGUAUGUGAGGACAGGCGAUCUUGGUUUCUUGCACAGCGUCAGCAGGCCGAUCGGCCCUGGAGGUGCACAGGUCGACAUGCAGGUCCUCUUCGUCCUCGGUAGCAUCGGUGAGACAUUUGAGAUCAACGGCUUGAGCCACUUCCCUAUGGACAUUGAGACCUCGGUCGAGAGGUGUCAUCGAAACAUUGUGCCAGGCGGAUGUGCCGUCUUCCAAGCUGGCGGGCUCGUAGUCGUCCUCGUAGAGGUGGGCCGCAAGGCGUACCUGGGCUCCAUCGUCCCCGUCAUCGUCAACGCCAUCCUCAACGAGCACCAGAUCAUCGUCGACAUCGUGGCCUUUGUCAGCAGGGGCGACUUCCCGCGGUCGCGGCUGGGCGAGAAGCAGCGCGGCAAGAUCCUCGCCGGCUGGGUCUCGCGCAAGAUGCGCACCAUCGCGCAGUUCUCCAUCCGGGACAUGGACGCCGAGACGGCGGCGAGCAUGGAGCAGGCCGGCGCCGGCGGGGACUCUGCAAGCGGCGGCGGAGCGGACAACAGGGCGAGCAUCGGCAGCGCGAGGAGCGCGAGCGGCGGCCUGACGGCGCAGCCCGGCACAUCGAGCAGCCUGCGCAACAUGGAGCCGGCGCCGCAGAUCCUCGAGCAGCGGGAGCUGGAGCAGCAGCUCGAGAACAUGGCGGCGCUGCCGCCGCGGGCCGGCGCCGUCGAGAUGUCGGCGGACGAUAUGUACAGCGGCGGCGGCGGCGGCGACCACCAUCAUCAGAUGUACCCGCAGGACAACGAGGUCACGCCGACCAAGACGCGCUCCGGGUAUGGGUACGACGGCAUGAGGGGCUACGCGGGCUAUGACGACGGCGACGAGGAGGAUGCGCCGCCGACGGUGGGGCCCAAGCCCGGAAGCCGGUCGGGUCUGGGAUCGGCCGGCGGGCUCCAUCAGCAGCAGCAGCAGCCGCCGCCGACGAUUCACCUGCCUAGCGUGGACGGCCGGGAGUCACUUGACGAGUGGCAGAGGAUGGGAGGUGGUGGCGGUGCUGGUGCUGGUGCUGGUGGCGCGGGGGCAAAGUUGGUGGGUGGUGGCGAUGACGAGGAGGACUGGACGAGGGAUGCUAUUAUGCAUAUGAACUUGGCGGGCGAUUUGGAGAGGAAGGAGGUUGGUGGGCGAUGA